AUGAAUCCCCAUUUAAUGGUCAGGUUAUUCCCACAACGUGAUGUGACUGAUGUGUUAUUCUUGUCUGCGAGUAGUGGUGCUGGUCUUUGGCUAUGGGCAAGACCUCACAUUGCAACUGCUGCACCUGCAAGACGCUUCUCAUGGGCGCUUCUUGGUGGAUGCCUUUGGCCCCUAGGCUCCAUUUUCUUAUGGGCUAUCUUAAGAAGCUCAAUAGGUCAAAGACCAUUUAUCGGUACAAUGUUGGGUGUUGCUACAGGAGCAACUCUAACUAAUAUAGCUUUGGAUUAUUUUAACUAUGUAGAGCUCAUGUUUUGUGGAGAGGUACGCUUACCAGAAGAAACAUAUAGUCCUAACAGUGAUGAUGAAAUUGAUGUUAAUGAUUUAUAA